AGACCAAUGAUAUAUUGACACACAUCGAGGUCGUUUCUGAUAUUAAAACCCAGCUUCUUCCAAAAUCUUCUUCUUAUCUAAAACCCUCUCUCUCUCUCUCUCUCUCUCUCUCUCUCUCUUUCUUUUACAGUCUUUAAUGUGCAAAGUUGAAGUAGAAAAAGCAUGGUGAACCCACAGACAGACAAGCUUGUGAGAAGGACAACCAUGGUGGCCACUCUGACUGCUUCCUAUUUUCUUUUGACUGCUGACUAUGGCUCCGAACCCAAUGUUCUCGACCCUAUUAAGAAGGUGAUAGUGUCAGCAGAAAACACUGUGAAAGAGUUUAUAUUUGGAACAAAGAAGUAACUUCAAGAGAACCAAAUGGUGAAGCUGGGAUCCAACAGUGCAAUGGAAAAUUCUUAAUUGAUGGGCAGUUCACUUUGUAUAGGAAUAUCAUGGACUUGAGUAAGGAUUUUACAACCUGUGUUGAAUUUUUGAAAGUUGUAAUGUGGGACCUAGUUGUUUUAACACAUGUUUUAUUGUUUUGGAAAUUUCAUAUUGUUGGGCCUCUUGCUGCAAUCAAAUACUUUGCAUGAUGGAUGGUUA